AUGGCUACUGUCUCGGCCUUCUCAUCUCAUCCCUUCCAGCUGGACACAGUCUACGACCCAGCGGCAUACAACACUCUUCCAUCUCUCGGAAAAGCUCAUAGUUUGAUGACUGAAGAUGUCAUGGCCAAACUCCAAGGUCCAAUUCGGCAAUUGUUCCUGGACCACGAAGUGCAGGACCACUACGGCGUAUGUCUUCUCGACAAUCACUUUCAAAUUCCCAAUGGUCAACGUCUCGUUGAACACGGGCCCGUCUCUCUUCCAUGGGAUUUGGGGGACGAAAACAAGAACACCGCCGUGCUGAAAUUUGAUGGGGUCAUUGCUCCCCGGUCGAUCAGACUGCUUGACGGGAAACUAGCUCCAUUCGAGUUUUCUUUCUCCCUGACGGAGCCUCAGCUCAACAGCGAGUUCCUGAUGGAGGCUUUUCGUACUAUUCAGGACUUAGGAUUGCAUGGUGUCUUCGGGGUCCGAUACUUCGAUAAGCACGACACCCAGCUUUCGGUUGAGAUCACACAAGGAACCGCGAAUGUCAUGAUACCACGAGGAUCACUUUCGGGCCUGAUCGAUGCGUUCUGGGUCUUCAACCAAGAUGAAGACGAUAGAUGCCACUGCAGAGAACAGUGCUUUCCACAAGGAGGUUCUGAGCACCAGAAGAACCAUUCUUGCGGAUGA